CUAUGCCUGUCAAAAGAGUUAAGCCUCUGAGACUUUGAGCCUUGUCAAAUCACAAUUCACACCUUCCAAACUCUCUCUCUUUCUAGCAGAAAUCUUGUGUGGGGGCCCUUCUCUGACUUAGCCUGCAGUGUUGGACUUCCCAACUAUUUUGAUCUACCCGAUUGUCUUUCACAAGUAGAUAAAGAAGAAAAUAGGCAAGAUACAGUUUCAGAUAUCUCCAUUUCAAGCAACAAGCACAGUUGAAAAUGUCAACAAAUGAGUUUGAGUUCUUAAAGAUUGAGAAAUACAUUCUGAAAGUGCAUAUGAAUUGCCAAGGGUGCAUGCAGAAAGUGAGGAAACUCCUCCGGAAAAUUGAAGGUGUUUAUCAAGUAAGCAUAGAUGCAGAAGAGCAGAAAGUCACUGUAACAGGUAGUGCGGAUUCUGCUACAUUGAUCAAUGAGCUGGUCAGAUCUGGUAAACAUGCAGAGCUUUGGUUUCCAAGUUCCCAAAAGAUGCAAGCCAAAUUAACCGAUGAUGACAAUAACCAGAGCCAAACCCAAUAUCUGACUAAUGACCUAAAUGCCUACAAAGAUCAUUACCUCCUCCCCAACUUCUUAGGCAGAGAAGAUGUUGAGUGGGCAUCUGAUUGGAAUUUUAAUCACAGUAGGGGGACCGAGGCAGUGAUAGAUGGUGAAUUCGAUCAAAAUUUGAUAGCAGCAAUGCAAAAUGUAGGUAUGGGUGAGGAUGGAGUCACAAUUGGCAAUCAUGACAAAGUGGAAAACAGCAUGUCACCAGUAAGCAGCCUCGCAGCUUUUCAUCGCAAUGGUGCUGGUUUUGUUGGCUUAGGAGGUCAUGAAUUUGGCCAUGGGUAUCAAGAUAUUUCUACAGGGAUUAAGACUUAUGUGUACGACCAUCCAUCGUCGAUGAUGAUGACCAAUGGACAGGGGUACCCCGACAUCUAUCCACCAACAGCGAUGAUGAACAUCAACCUACAAGACAGAAACACCAUCGACAAUAAGAUGAUAAAUGACAAUGUGUACAUGAAUCAACCCUGGAUGGCAAAUCAUAAUCUUCAAUAGUUCCCAUUUGUCGCAACUCUUUCCACCACUUUUGUUCCAGUAGUCUCUAGAAGUAACCUGAAUUUAUGAUUGAGUACUUUACGAGCUCUAUAACUCGUAGUACUUGAUGUCACCAGUGAUACUGUUAUCAGAAUGUUUUCUACCUGAUCUUUUACAUUUCUUGAGCGAAAACUAUGGACUGUUAUCUUUGGCAUUAGAUAGAAUGAACCAACUUUAGUCACUGUUCAAAUCCAU